GUUCAGUUUUUUCAAAACAGAAAUGUCAGUAUUGUUAUCCAUAAUGAAUGGGACUUCAACGUCCUCUGUGUUCGUGGGGCGAAGGCAAAUAAGAAGCUUAUAGGAAAAGGGAAGGAAAACUACUCAGGAAAGGGAAUAAAAAAUACACAAGUGUUAAAAGCUACGGAGCUCAAGAGGGUAAAGAAGAUUACAUUGCUCCGAUGGAAUUGUAAUAAGGAGGAAGAGAAUAAUAGAAUUGUCGAAAGAGAAUGUGUUUAUUGGGUCAAUCAAUCAAGGAACCACCAGCAACAGAUUCAUUCUAUACAACAAAAAUGCCCACCCAAUUAGAUCUCACUAGGUCGUGUUCACUUAGUUCUACCCACAAGCAGGAUGGGUAGAGCACGAUCCGAUGGAGAUUUGGGAGAGUGUGAGGAUUAGUAUGAGCAAGGCAAUUGACAAAGCCACUGUAGAUGGGUACAAUGUUGACGGUGGACUCAAGGCAAUUGGACUCACCAAUCAGAGAGGCGGCCUUAGUACUUUUUGUAAAAGAAUAAGUUUGAAGACAUUAUAUGACAAAUAUUUUAUAAAGUAUAUCCUUGAUGUUAACCACUUUUGUAAAACUUCCUACUAAUAUGUAGUUCAGUGGAUUUCUAAUAUUUUUGUAAAGUCUCUAUCAACGUAAAAUGUUGGACCUUAUAGGUGGUUAUUCAGUGUGGACUGUAAAGUGCUUUUGCAAAUUCACUAAAUUUAAGUGUAAAGAUUUAAUUUA